CAUCCAUCAGGAAUUUGCAUGUCUUCGUUCGUUUGCGCUGAAAAUGAAAUAAACAACUACAUGAGCCACGCCAUAAAUGUCAAACUGAGGAAUCUGCAUUAAGUCUUAAGCACUCUGCCGAUUAAAAUACCUCGAGUAUCAUCACCAGACAGAUUCUCGCAGCAACCGUGUUUUAAAGCCCCAACUGUUUUCAUUCCGAUAUUGGGAAAAUUUUCAAGAGAAAAAUGUCGAACGAGGCAGCCACCACAAGCAUACAGUCCAAGCAUACCGUCACCAAGGUCCAGGAGUACAAAGAUACUCUGAUCCAGAUGACAGAGCUGCUGGUGACCAGGCGCUUCCCGGAUAUAAUCGUGCAGCUGAACGAGCUGCUCACAACCCCCAUGUUCAAGGAGCGCAAUGUCGAAGAGAUACAUCAGGAUGUUAGCAUACCGGUCCUGCCGCCAGAUCUUGUACAAAAUCAUAGCGAUAGCAGUGAUAGCGAUAGCGAUGGCCAUGGCGAUGACCAACCGGAGAAGAAGCGUGCUCGCAACGAUAUUGUGAUGGGAUGCCCAGUAAUGGCGCUGCCAAGCGGCUCCGUGUCUUGCAACCAGUCGAUCUGCGAGAUAAUCGACGUGGUCAAGCCCAAGAUCCGCGCUCUGAUAGAGCAUGCCAAUGUCUUGAAAAUGUGGAUAUCGUUCAUGAUACCGAAAAUCGAGGACGGCAACAACUUUGGCGUCUCCGUCCAGGAGGACACUCUCACCGAAAUUCGAGCCGUCGAAUCGGAUGCGGCCACCUGGUUUGUCCAGAUCUCGGCCUACUUCCGCUCGCGUGCCAAGAUCGUGUCGAGUCUGGCCAAACAUCCGUACAUCGAGGACUACCGACAAGCCGUCACCGAGCUGGACGAGCAGGAGUACCUCAAUCUGUGGCUUGUGGUGUCCGAGGUUCGCAACCACUACUCCUCGCUUCACGAUUUAGUCAUCAAGAACUUGGAGAAGCUUAAGAGGCCGCGCAACGCGAACACCGAGAGCUUGUACUAGAUAUAUCGAGGAUUGAACAACUAAAACUAUAAGAGAUCCUUCCAAAAGAGUCAUAAUAACAAUACAAUUCAAAGUAAAGUUAAAAGUUAAUUAAUUAAUCCAUUAAUAAUAAUAAUAAUGUACGUAUCGUGUCUAUAAUGUCUUGUGGCUAAAUGUCUGCUUUUUUUGUUGUUAUUAGAUCGCUGCUAGAGCGAAUUGAAUGGCUGCAAAGAACUUAAUCUGCAAUGACAAGAUACAUCAAUGUUUUUUUUUAAGUUUUGAGAUGUUUUAACGUAGACAAAAAAAACCGAAUUUAACUAUAUUAAGAGUAUUUUGUUUGAACUAAUAUGAUAUUAAAUUAUUAACACAAUUAAUGACAAGUACUACUCCCAGCUGCUGGAUAUUUAUCUAUUCCAUCUCAAAUUUAAGUUUCCAAGACAUUUGGUUGGAAAACUCGUAAUUUUAAUGAUACAUGAUACAAUUUUUUAAUGAAGCAAAUGAUAUUGAUUUCCUCAGAAUAAUAAUAAUUGAUUUCCAUGAAAACAUUCAUAAAUUAAGCCAACUUUUGUUGAAAGAAACCUUUUGUUGUGGAAGUUGUUUUUCCUAGAAAUUGUUUCUUUAUGAUUAUCUCCCGAGACUGUUCGGUUCUAAAAAGUGGUUGAUAUUCCAAAUUAAAUGUUCUUUAAUUUCAAAUACGAGUAAGGUUUCUCUAUCUUUGUAAUUUCUAUCUGUUUCAAUGGAUAUGUAUAAGUGUAUAUGUAUAAGUAUAUCUUGAUGAAGUCUUUUAGAUUUCCUCUACAGAAAGACGAAGCAGAAAUUUGCUCUACCUUUUCUGCCAUAAAGCCAUUGAAGAUAUGGGUAUAUGGCCGUCCCAGUUCACACAGAAUUGUAUCUGUGUACUUAUUAAACUCAAAAAUGGUGCAUGUUUUCAUGGUUGGCAAUGGCUCGCAUGCACAAAUACUCGUAUCAUGUCCUAUAAAUCUUUUUGGCUGAUAACGAAUUUGUUUACAUAAAAGUUUUGUAUGAUAUAUGUGUGUGUGGUAUUGAUAAGUUAUCUUCACAGCGUUGUAAAAAUAUGAUAAGAAGGAUACACAAUAUAUGAAUCGACAAAAGCCUAAACCAGAUUGUUUUCC